CAUUCACUCAACAAACACACACUGCAUGUCUUCAGAGACAUCGUCGGAGCGGUCGGCUCCCACUGGACCGACUCGGCGGCGCGCGCCAAGCGGAGUGCCCCGUCUGAGCACACGCACGGUCGACGGCGGAGCCAUCGCCUGCCAGCGAUGCCAUCACAGGAAGAAGAAGUGUGAUCGCGAACGGCCGACCUGCGGCCCUUGCUCUCGAGUCAAGGCCGAUUGCAUCUACGACAUCCCCAUCUCUGAUAGGUCACACCCCGGUUUCGUCACAAACCUGCUGUCUGAGAAUGCGGCACAGAAAGAACAGCUCAGCACACUCCGCAGCCAACUGUCAUGGCUCGAAUCGCGCGUCAAGGAGCUCGAGCACGCCAGUGCUGCGACAGAUACGGCUCUCGCGGCAGAGACGUUGCUCCUCCACGCCCUUCCCACGAAUGUCAUGCACCUCGAUGAAUCGAUGGAUACUUCCAGCAGCUUACCGCCGACCACAAUGGAUCGCGAUACCUUAAACGAUCCUGGAGGCCAUGCGACACUUGCGGAGCGCAUCAUUCAGCAAAUCCUUACCACCGAGAGGGGCUUGACGCUACGCCAGUCCAUUGGGGAACAGCUCGGUGCACCAGACGACGAUGAGUCUCGCGAGUCAGAUCAAACCACGUCUCCACUUGCACCAUGGCCUCCAAAACCUCUCGCGCGCAAGCUGGCCAAUCUCUACCUCGACUGGACAAUCGCCUUUUAUCCCCUUGCCCGGAGAUCCGAAGUGCUUGCAGAUGUGGAUGAGCUAUACGCUGUCGCAGGGUCAGAUGUCCCAACAGAUGACACGUUUCCCGACCCAGACAUUCGAGUCUUCCGACUGCUUAUCAUCCUCGCCGGUGGUGUCAACAUCGCCGAGACCCAGCGCGGAUGUCCUCGUUCGGAAACGUCGACUUCGCUGUGCCAUCAGGCGUAUCGCCACUUCCCGGCCGUCUUUAGACGAAAGGAAGAAGAAUGCAUCGCAGGCAUGACUCUGUACGCCAACUACUGCCUCCUCGACUUUGGGCGCAUGUCCCCCCACCACGUCAUUGGCAUUGUGGCCAGGUUUGCUAUCGAACUUGGUUUCCACAAGGAGGACCCAUCGCUCCCCCUCGACCAGCAAGACGAGCGACGCCGACUAUUCUACACCAUCUACAACCUCGACCGCGUCGUUGCUGUCACCAAUUCCCAACCUCUCGCCAUUCCCGACUCGAUCAUCACUGUGAAACUCCCGAACAAGGUCGAGGCAACCUCCCCCAUCCACAGACACAUUGAGGCCACAAGCUUCUUCUACCAUGGUGUCGCCUACCGCCGCCUUUGUGGUUUAAUCCUCGAGCAGGUUUACCUGUCACCCACCAAAGACCCAGCCGAAGCAGAGCAGGUUUUGUCCAACCUACACAAUCACCUCGACAAGUGGUUCCGCGCCGUCCCUCUAAACGAGCAAGGCGAAACUUCGCUGCUCUUCGAGCUCUACCACAACGUCCUCCUCACGUCACUCUACCGCCCUUCACCACUCUUCAAUUCAACACACCCGAUGCGCAUGUCUGGCUUGCGGCGCUCCGCCUGGAAGUCAGUCAAGCUGUACAGGAAGCUCCAGCACGGUAACGAACUCAUGGAGAACUGGGUCCAUUUCAGCAACAUAGUCACCGUCUCGACGACGCUCAUCUACACCUUACUCGAGGCCGAGGGAGACGAGCGCAACCUACAGCUGAGCUCGUGGCGACGAGAGGCCCUGGCUCAGGUUGACUCGUGCGAGGAGCUCCUUGGGAGCUUUUGUGCGUUCUGGCCUGGCGUCACCAGGUUUGCCGAGGCAUUUCAUCUAUUGGCAGAGGGUGUCCGCACCAAGAUUGGCGACACCAAUUCAUCUGAAGAGCCAAAUCUAUGGGUCACGCCCCAGACAACCUCUCAGACCACCACGAGCGUGUCCAACCCGAGGGGUGUGACACCUUCUGCCCCGCAAAUCCUUGCCCUUCAGGCGACCGAGCCAAGCUUCCACGCUGGCACCGGCACGUUUGCAGGGCCAUCACCCCAGUUUUCUGAUCAAGCACUGUGGGACUCGUGGACAGUGCCCGACCUCAUCAUGGACGAUCAAGUCGCCCAAAUGCCUUCAGUACAAGGCAUGGGGCUGGACGCCUUGUUUGCUAGCGUCGGCCUCAACCUGUUUCCAGAUGGGACGUAUCACCCUCUACCAUAGAUGGCAUCAAUGGAUCUGCAUCUCUCAUAUACAACUUCUGCAUCACAUUGAUGGCUAAGCCUCAAACGUGCCGUCCUCGACCUUCUUGAACCUGGCCACAACGUCCUUCAUGCCGUUGAGGAGGAACGACGAGUCCCGACCGGCAAUGCCA